AUGCGCAGAUCGCUAACCUGCGCCGCCUCUUGUGUCCCCUCUCCAGGCCACCCAGGGCCAACCGAGCCAGGUCAGGACAUCAUACCACUCCCUUUUGGGCAGGCCACCCCGCAUUGCGAGCAGGCCCUGGCCCCCGCGCCUCUAGCCCAUAUAAAGUCGGCCCCGUCGUCAGAGCUACCCGUACGCGAGGUCGACGGUGGCGAUCGCGAAUUGUCGCCUAUUGACAUUCUCACUCAUCUAAAGAUACCCUCACCUAAGAUGAUUUUCUCGGAGCUGUACAAGUCGCCAAGGCUGCCUUUCAGCAAGCUCCGGGCCUCGCACCCUCAGCCCGUCGCCGUUCCAGAUGUCGAUGCCGACCUAGUCAGCAGAGACAAGGUCAAGCAAAAGGAAGCUGUACGCCGCUUCUUGGCCGAGAAGAUCCGCUGCGACUGGGACUUUGUAUGGCCAUCUGUGUUGCCCUCUUAUCCGCGCACGAGCGGCUCCACAGUCACUGCCUCGGAUCAUAUUCCCCGGGCGCCAGAAAGUGACCUACAUGCCGCCCCUGCAGCUCCCGCGCACCCUCCCGUCUUUGACCAAGACGCCCCGAGGGAUGCUGGCGACGACGCCGAUUCCGAGUCGGACGCCGAAUCUGUUUACAGCAUCAUCUCGGAAGAUGCAUUGCACUUCUCGUCUCGUAUAGAGUGGACCUCUGACCUUUCUGAUGACGAAAUACCUGUCUCUAGCGGCUCUCCUUUCCGCUUUGAUAGUCCCGAAGCCGUUGGGACGGCGAUCCAGUCGUCCAUCAUCACGAGGCAGACUCUCCACCGGAGAGCCGUGCGCGAAGAGGCUGCAUGGAACCUAGGGCUGGCAUGUUUCGAGGCGCGCCGUAACGCGUGGACGGGGGCCAGAACAGUGCGGGUCAGGCCUAAGCCCCCGACUCCCAUCUCACCGUCCUCUCCCCGGCGCCUCUUCCGGCGGCACCACAGAUCCGAGUCUGCCCCUGUCAACAAUAUGGCACCGUCUCCGCCAGCGAGCACCUCGCCUCUCUCACCCUCCACUACUCGCACUUCCCAGCAACUCGACAUCAUGGCGAUCACUCCGCCGCCAUCCGAGUCAGAUUCCGCCCACUCUGCGUCACUCUCCAAGACGUCGACGGGGACCGGCGUGCAGAGGACGUCGUCGCAAGAAUCGGCUCCUGAUGCCCUCUACCCUGUCGAGACACUAGUUCCCAUACCGCCACCGCUUCUACCACCUCAGAACCCGAUGCGCACCUCUAUCACAUCCUCCAUCUACCCGUCACUGUAUGACAAGAUUGUUGUACACAGCUUGCAGCCGUCGUGUCCUGUAAAUCUCUCUGACAUGAUGCGCGCCUGCGUUGUCGGCUGGAAGCGCGACGGCGAGUGGCCGCCGAAGAUGGCGAUCCAGGCGGUGCCAACCCCUUCAGAAUUGGCUGCGAUACGUCGCCGUAAAGCACAGCAGCAAAAACAGCAGCACGCACGCAAGGGCAGCACGGCCACGCUUGGAUCAUCGCGGCGCUUGAGCUUCGGCUUUCUCAGUGGCAACAAAUCCGAGAAAAUUGCCGAUGACAAAGACCGCGAGGAGGGCAAGGAAAACAACUCUGACGAAGCACCCGGCAAGGGCAUUCGCCGGAGCCUGCAGAAGGUAUUCUCGUUUGGGCAGCAUGGUCACGUCGAUGCAAAUGGCAGUGCUGUGCUCUCGCCCACCACAGUUGUCCUAAGCCCAACGCUGUCGGCGGCGCUGUGA